GAAGGAGAGGUUGAUUUUGAGCGAGCGAGCGAUCUGCGAGAGAGAGUUGAAGAAAAGGUGAGUGAGUGUUUAACUACGGCCUUCUUCUGCUUUAAUCUUCCUUCGUAGCCCGAAUCUCAGUUGUUGAAGUUCCAAACAAAGAUAUAAGAGGAAAAAUGGUUAGUUUUUUCGAUUUCUUUUGUGUGCGUGAGAAAGAGAUGUGCUUGUGUGCAGGGGUCGAGUGUGAGAGGCAUAGAGAGAGAGGAGUGAGAACGCGAGUGCGAGAACGCGAGUGCGAGUGCGAGUGCUAGAGCGAGAGGGAGAGAAGAGAGAGAGAUUAAGGGCGUCUUCUGAUCUUUCCUUACAGGAAGUGACUAAGGGUUCCUCCUUGUAACUCGAUUUCUUCUUCUUCCCUCGAAUCGCCUUCUCAAAUCUCAUGGACAGGAAGCUUGUGGUUCUUGGGAUUCCUUGGGAUGUUGAUACCGAAGGGCUCAGGGAGUAUAUGGGCAAAUUUGGAGAAUUGGAAGAUUGUAUUGUGAUGAAGGAGAGACACACUGGUCGAUCUCGUGGUUUUGGCUAUGUGACAUUUGCGUCUGCUGAAGAUGCGAAGAAUGCACUUUCAAGUGAGAACAUUCUUGGUAAUCGAGUGCUGGAAGUGAAAAUAGCUACGCCUAAGGAAGAGAUGAGACAACCCGCAAAGAAAGUAACCCGAAUAUUUGUCGCUCGAAUCCCCCAAUCUGUCACAGAAGCGGCAUUUCGAAGUCACUUUGAGAAAUAUGGUGAGAUAACAGAUUUAUACAUGCCAAAGGAUCAAGGUUCAAAAGGACAUCGUGGGAUCGGGUUUAUCACGUUUGAAAGUGCUGAUUCUGUGGACAACUUGAUGUCUGAUACACAUGAGUUGGGAGGUUCCACUGUUGUUGUGGACAGGGCUACUCCAAAGGAGGACGACUUCAGGCCGGCCAGACUGCCACAGGGUGGACAGGGUGGAUACGGUGCUUACAAUGCUUAUAUUAAUGCAGCAACUAGAUAUGCCGCACUAGGUGCUCCAACAUUGUAUGAUAAUCCGAGUUCGGGUUAUGGAAGAGCAGAACCGAUUCGAGGAAUGGGUAAGAAGAUUUUUAUUGGCAGGCUUCCACAGGAAGCAAGUGUUGAAGAUCUCCGUCAAUAUUUUGGCAAAUUUGGCCGUAUUUUAGAUGUUUAUGUUCCCAAGGACCCAAAGAGAACUGGACAUAGAGGCUUUGGAUUUGUAACGUUUGCUGAAGAUGGUGUAGCAGAGCGUGUAUCCCGCAGAUCUCAUGAGAUUUGUGGUCAGCAGAUUGCCAUAGAUUCAGCUACGCCACUUGAUGAAGCUGGUCCAAGUGGAAGUUACAUGAUGGAGGGUGCUGAUCUAUAUGGGGGCUACGGUGGCCCUAUGCGUACAUAUGGCAGGAUGUAUGGGAGCCUGGAUUAUGAUGAUUGGGGCUAUGGCAGCACAGGAGGUGGAAGACCUUCAAGGAUGGACUUGCGGUACAGGCCAUACUAAAUG